AGAAAACUGUAUUUAAAUUAGGACAGUAAAACACAGUUAAUUGCGGGAAAAUGGCUAAGAAGAAAAGAAGAGUUCCGGAUGUUCUUUGGAGGUUAUUCCACAACCGUGCCCGUACCCUUUUCGAGACGAUCAAAUCCUUGAUUCCUCCGCCGCAGACUUCGGCGGCGGAUUGCCGCUGCAAUGGGCGGGGAUGCCUUAGUUGCGGUGGCGCUAACUCGACGGCUUUUAUUCUUACACCCACCGACCCUCCGGAGUACAGAAAGCUCCUGAAUCAUUGCUUUGUCGUCCUUGAUGAAAAUGCGCCUGCGUUAUCUGUCUUUCAGCCUCAACACCGGCGGUCCCAGUUUGAGAUUGUUAGAACAACAAUUGAAAUGAUGAUGUCUGAGCAUCCCACCUCAUCUAAUUUAAUUCUCCAUGACUAUUAUAAGACGAGCUGCCCAAGUUCUAUUUCUGCUCUCGAUCUUCUGACAUCCGAAGCAUGGUGCCUUCUCUUAAAGAGGGUUGGGGAUGUCCUUAUGGUAUACAUUCUGCGGAAUUUUUCAAUAUUUUUGCCCCUUCCUCAAAAUAAACUCCAUCAAGUUGCAGGAUUUCCUAUCAGUGAUCUGUGCCUCACAUCUUCCAAGCGUACUGCCUUAGGCAGUGCCGGUAGUGGAAAGAGAAAAACAACUGAUGAAAUGUGGUCAACGUCAAUGAAGCAUCUAUGUUCUAGGCUAAGGAUCACCAAAGAGGAGUCACCUAAAGAGACUUUGACGUCUGGUGGAGACAGCUGCAUUAGUAAAGGAUCACAUUCACUUGCUGCUGGCCAAGUUUCCUCAAACCAUUGUCUUUCAUCUAAUAGGAAACGGAAAAGACCGAAUAGUUGGCAACGUCGGAGAAAGCGUCAACUUUUGGCAACUCACGAAGCACAUUCCUUAAAUCCAUGCAGAAAUUCAACAGAGAUAGGGGAACCACCUUCUACUCUUCCACAUAAAAUACAUACAGUGGGGUGGUGCUCUUGUUGCCUUGUGUUUUGUAAUCCAUUGAAAGACAUAGAUGAGGUAAUUAUCAGUAGAAACGCCAUGUUGUACAAGUUAGAGAAUUGUUCAACUGUCUUUCCAAGAAAACAUAUACUGAAUUCCUUGAAGCACAACUCUUCUGGUGCAAACAAUCUCUUCAACGAAAUUUUUGGAUCUUGUGGUGUAACGAUCAAUGGACAAAUUUCUCCAUGUGUACAUACCAUCAAGUGCUGUUGUACCAGAGCAACAUGCUUAUAUCACUCACUUAUUCGGAUGCUUGAAGUUCUCAUACGUAAGUCUCAGUGCUGUCGGCACUUACGGUUAUUGGAGAAGCACUGUCCUAUUCCAUCCUUGGAUGAGGUUUUGGAAAGAGUUUCAUUUGAGGAUUAUCAGGGAAAUCAGUCUACGGUGAAUCCAGGUGCAAAAGAUCCGAAGCAUAGUGAUGAAUUAAUGGGAGAUAGUUUUAGCUCAGAAACUCGUGAAAGAUCCGAAGCACAGCAUUCUAAGAUAAGACCAAGUGUAUGUUAUUCUCUGAAGAAACAAGUUGUAUCAUUUAUUUGGGCAGUUUGUCGGAAUAUUGUGCCCCCAGAUUUAUUAGGAAUUCCUUCGAAUUGGCGAAUUCUGACGAAGAAUAUCUCCAGGCUCAUUCAGAUGCGCAGAUAUGAGAAAUUCUCUUUUAAUCACUGUCUGCAUAAAGUGAAAAUAUCUAGGUUUCCUCUGCUUUCAGGUAUGUUCAAAGAUUGUGGUGGAAUUGGGGCCUUAGAUGUUGUGAAACAUAAAGUCCUACAUUGCUGGAUAUUUUGGUUCUUUUCAUAUCUUGUAGUGCCACUGGUGCAAGCCAACUUUUAUGUAACUGAAACUGAACACGAGAAUCAAGAGGUCCUCUAUUAUCGGAAGUCUAUUUGGAAUCAGGUAAAGGCUGAAGGUAGGGCUAGCUUAAAUGAUCAGCAGUUUCUUGAAUUGGAUGUUCCUUCUGUUUCGAAAAUCUUGAGGAACAGAGCAUUUGGUUUUUCUAGGGCUCGGUUUCGUCCAAAGAAAAAUGGGUUAAGGAUAUUGGAAAACCUGAAAGCACCAUCAAGAAUUCGCGUGAAGCUGGCUUCCCAAUUCAGUGAUCUGAAAAAGGCAUAUCCAAUGGGAAAGGUCAAAUAUGAAUAUUUUAGGUCAGUGAAUUGUGCUCUUCGUGAUUUGCAUGCAGUGCUAAAAGGAGCACAAGUAAAAGAACCAGUGAAACUGGGGUCAUCAGUGUUUAAUUAUAAUGAUGUCUACAAUAAGCUUGUUCCUUUCCUGAUGAAUAUUAAGAAUGGUUCGGCAACAAUACCUGAUGCAUACAUCAUUGUAUCAGAUGUAGCCAAAGCUUUUGACACCAUAAACCAGGAUAAGUUGUUGACCGUGAUGGAGAGUAUUGUAUCAGACGAAGAAUAUGCCUUAGAAAAAAGUUUCCAAGUUGUCUGCACAAAGAGAUCUUUGUGGGUCAAUCAGAAUCUGACACUUGCACAUGAUAAUAUUAUACCCUCCAAUGCUUUUCGUCCAUUGCAUCACGUUUUUGUGAAACAGGAGAGAGGCAGAAAUGUGAAGAAGGGUGAGCUUACCUUUUACUUGAAUGAGCACAUAAAACGCAAUGUGCUUCUCAUGGAUACCAAAUUCUACUUGCAAUGCCUUGGCAUUCCCCAAGGAAGUGUUAUAUCUUCUCUGCUAUGCUCAUUCUACUAUGGAUACCUUGAAAAUAAUCUGAUUUUUCCUUUUCUUGAGAAACUUUGUAAGUCUGGCAAUGGAUGUGAAGAUGAACUUGUAGAACAUAUGCCGAAGUAUCUUCUCCUUAGGUUAAUAGAUGACUUUCUAUUUAUAUCAACCUCUAGGCUCCAAGCUUCUAGUUUUUUCUGCCGAUUGCGUAGAGGGUUUCAUGAGUUCAACUGCUACAUGAAUGAAGAAAAAUUUGGGUUGAACUUUGAUAUGAAUCAUCUCUUAGGCUUGCGAUCCAAUAGACUAUAUGCUGGAGAUGAUGGAAUCUCAUUUCUUAGAUGGAGUGGGUUAUUUGUUAACUGUUGCACUCUAGAAAUUCAAGCAGAUUAUACAAGGUAUUUGAGUAUGCAUUUGAGCUCAACACAAACUGUCAUCUGGAAAGGUAGACCGGUUCGUGAGUUGAAAUCAAAGUUGUGUCGCUAUCUGCGCCCCAAGUGCCAUCCCAUAUUUUUUGACUCAAACAUAAACUCGGCGGCUGUAGUCAGACUUAAUAUAUACCAAGCUUUUCUGCUUUGUGCCAUGAAGUUCCACUGCUACAUCUCUGAUCUUGCUAGAAUAGCAAGGCUAAGCACCAAGUCAUAUUUUGAUGUUCUGGAAACCUCUUUGAGGCAUAUGAAGAAGCGCAUAAAGCACAUUAAGAAGUUUACUUCUGAAAUUCCGCCUAUUAUUGAAGUGGAGAUGGGAGAAAUCGAAUGGCUUGGGUUAAUUGCUUAUAUUAGAGUGCUGAUGAGGAAGCAAUCACGUUAUAGAGAAUUACUACCCUUACUAAAGUCUAAGCUGAUGGCAGUUAGAUACCCAGAAUCUUUGUCUCCAGCUCUCAAGUAUGCCACUGAUGACAUACACUCCUCUACGCUUUGGAAGAUUAGGUACUAACUGACUGGUUUCAGGAGCAGAAGUACUUUCUCUUCUUUUGAAUGUUCACCUCAUCUAAUGAGUUACCUUAACCUUAUUAAUAUUCCAUUUAUAAGGUCUGAACUCAAGAUAUUGUUCAUGUAUGGGAAUUUGAACUCGGAUAACCUUAAUAUCAGUUGUUGAAUGUGCCAUCGAAUGAUUCUACUGAGUUUCAAAAGAAUCAAAAGAGACUGUUCUACUCUUGGUCCUCGAUCUAAAAUUGGCCAGUUUUGGUCCCCAACAGUUGAGAAGUUUUUACUUUUG